ACAUAGCAUAAUCAUAUCAAUAUGUCUGCGCCCAUCUGAUGCAACAACGUGAAACAAUCUUCAAACAGGAUUUGUCGUUUAUAAAAUAUUUUAAUUCAGUAUGACAUCAAAUGAUUAAAAUAUUGAGUUUUAUGAAACACAUACAUCAUAUUGCAUCAAACACCAUGGCUAGGAUUGUUGAUAUUUGCUCAAAUGAGCAAGAGCAGUUGGUGUCCAUGGCAAAAGAAAGUCUUAAAUCUGGGAAAGUGAUAGCCGUACCUUCUGACACAAUUUAUGGAAUAGCUGCUCUAGUUCAGAACAGUGAAGCUGUGGAUCGAAUGUACAACAUCAAAAACAGGGACUACAGUAAACCAUUGGCUAUAAGUGUAGCUGAAAUAAAUGACAUCUAUAGAUGGGGAAAGGUAACAGUGAGCAGUGAUUUGCUGUCUGAGUUACUACCUGGACCAGUGACAGUGGUGUUUGAGAGGACCAAGGAAUUAAAUCCAGAAUUAAAUCCAGGGACCUCACUUGUUGGAAUCCGAAUUCCAGACCACAAAUUUGUGAGGGAGAUUUCAAGGUCCUGUCAAGGCCCUAUUGCCUUAACUAGUGCUAAUGUCAGCUCAACUCUGAGUACACUUAAUGUUCAGGAGUUUAAGAACCUUUGGCCUCAGCUAGACAUUGUAUUUGAUGGGGGAGAGCUAGGGGAUACAUUCCAUUCCAGGGCAGGAUCUACAGUGGUGGAUCUCUCUGUUCAGGGCACAUACAAAAUCAUCAGGGAGGGGAGUGCAAUAAAACCCACUUUGGCAGCUCUCCAGGCUCAUCAUCUGCAGGACAGAGAGAAAAGGUAGCAAGAACGAGAACUCUUACAAUAUGUGAUACUCAUAUCAAGAUCUAACUAAAUAUAGCAACCUUGUGAUAGCUGUUUUUUGUUUAAAUUGGUGACUUAUGUUUUAAUUGAAUGACUGAUGAAUGGGAAACAAAUAAAUAAAAUAAACAGUAGUUAGAAAUAUGGAUAAAAAUCUUGAAGAGAUGUUAAAGAUUUGAUAUACAUUGAAAAAUAAAAGAAGAUAUAAUAAAAAUUGUAAAGUUGAGGCUAAUGCUUGUAUACAUACAUGUAGUUUAGAAGUACAAUGCACAUGCAUACUUAUGUUUAUUGAAUGGAUUUACAGGGUUGUAAUCAGGACUAUGUAAAGAAUGCUUUACUGUAUAAGGAAAAGAAAAGAUCUAUAAUGUGAUGUAAUUUGUAUAUAUGUUCACAUACAGAUUACAAAAAAAUCUGAUGGUACAUGUGAUGUGUAUCAAUAAAAGAAAACAACAGGAACUUUUUUGUGGUUAAGUUUUAGAUUUAUACACUCGUAUUUCAUUUUCAAGAUCCAUCAAUGAGUUUCCAGAAUCCUUGUCAUUUUAUUUAAUUUUUAUAUUCAAAACACAUUUUGGACUUUUGUCUAAUUAGCAUAAAAGACACAUUUUGGACUUUGCCAAUAAAUAUGAAUUCCUUGAAUCAUUCUUAGGGACAAUGUAUUUGAUAUAAAUAUUUCUGUGGAAGAUGUUGAAUAUUACCUGAUAUUUUAAAUGAUUAUUUUAUUUUAUGCAUUUGUUUAUUUUCGUCUGUUUGUUACUACUAAUUUUUUCUAUUGCACAACACUGUGUAUUUUUUCUAUUUAUAUGAACUUAUACAAAGCAAAUUUAUUAAAAAGAAUU